UUCAAUCAUACUCCACAUCAUACUUAUCGAAGGUGGCAACAAUUGAUCGCCAAAAACAUUAUUUUCUGCCUGCGUAGAAGUUUGGCAAACCCAAAAUCGCAUGGCGGAACCGGAAAAGGGGCGUGCCAAGGACGACAGCCUUUGGCAAAGCCGUCCCCAUGCUCACCAAUCCAAGCCUCAGAUCCGAAAGGAGCGGCGACUUUCGCCACAGGCCAAUCAUCCUCAUGAGAAAGACCAGCUACAAGAUCGUCGUUUAAUGGAAACUCGGAGCUCCUCUGAGGUGGAGCAAGCUCUACCGGAAAUUAUAGUGGCGGGAAAGUACCGCUUACUGAAGCGCAUUGGAAACGGUUCCUUCGGAGAACUGUUUCAGGCCGAAAGCCUCAAGUACCACGAGAAGGUAGCCAUAAAACUUGAGAGCUCCACGGUCAAGUACCCAUUGCUGCCCCGCGAGGCCAGGAUCUAUGGAAUUCUGCAGGGCGGAUUGGGAAUCCCGCAUGUGCGGCACUAUGCCACUGAGGGAGCGUACAAUGUCAUGGUGAUGGACCUCCUGGGGCCCACUCUGGAGGAUCUGCUGAACCUCUGCUCACGCUCCUUCAGCAUGAAGACCACCCUGAUGCUGGCCGACCAGAUACUGGCCCGCGUAGAGCUCCUCCACCGCAAGUGCUUCAUCCACCGAGACAUCAAGCCGGACAACUUCCUGAUGGGCCUGAACCGCCACCAAACCCAGGUGUAUAUGAUUGACUUCGGACUGGCCAAGAAGUUUUACAGCCUGCGUUCCCAGAAGCACAUUGGCUACACGGAGAACCGGGAUCUAGUAGGUACGGCCCGGUACGCCAGUGUGCGGGCCCAUUAUGCGGAGCAGAGUCGUCGGGAUGAUCUGGAGUCCGUGGGCUACUUACUCCUCUAUUUCCAGCGGGGACGUCUUCCCUGGCAGGGGAUCCGGGCGCAGUCGCAGGCCCAGAAGUACGAGAAGAUAGCUGAGUACAAGUCCAACAUCCCACUUCAGCAACUCUGUUCCGGAUUGCCCAUUGAGUUCUUCAUGUACCUGAAGUACUGCCGGAAGCUGCACUUUGCCGAGAAGCCGGACUACGUGUAUUUACAGCAGCUGUUUAAGGUGCUCUUCCGGAACCAGUACAAGUUGUGUGACUUUCUCUUCGACUGGUUCGUUCUGAAGAGGGGAUCUGAGGCACAACAGGCGAAGCAAAAGGGUACGGAAAGAGACAGAGGUGGAAAAAGAAGUGGGGUGGUGCAGAAGGAGAGGCAUCUAAAUAAGGAUAAGGGUAGGGAUUGUCAUACGCAGAGGUAUCGAAAAAAAAAUGGGGAAAUGGGUGUCGAGGAAAAUAAAAGUACUAAUGGGGAAGACCCAAUUGGAGAUAAGCCCCGGAACAAGAAUGGCAAGGCCUGCUCUUGCAGUUACCACCUCCAGACGAAGCGUCCCCAGGAUCGAGAUCAGAGGAUGCCUCUGAUGACCGAGCGAAGGAUCCUUCCGGAGGAGCAGGCGCAGCGGGAGUCCCAUCAAAUGCCGCCCUGCCUUUGAUAUUACGCUGCUUGUAUACUAUAUUUAGCAACUAUAUUUCCCCAGCUCAGA